GUCUGCCUUCUUCCAGACCGUGCUGGAAAUAGGACGGCGGUACAAGAUCUUGAACCCAGAGCGCAUGCGCGACUCAUAUGGGAAGCUGAUGUAUUUCCUCCAGGACUCCCGAAAACCCGAAGUUCGCGACCUUCUGGAGUUCGACGUCGUCUGCCCCGUGCGAUCUGUGUGGCACGUCCUCAGCCGAUCUCCUAAGGGCACGCAGCUGCUUCAGGAUCCACAGCUCAAGACUGCCACGAUGGAGAUCUCCAGUGAGGGCAAAACCCGUCCUCAAAUCCAGCGCGAGAUCAAGGCCAAAGAGGCUGCCAUCAAGAGCCUUGCGAGCAAGUACUGCUCUGUGCAGAAGCGACGAAAACGACACUACGGUGGCAUGAACUGGAGCUUGCUGCGCUCCUACAGAGAUUCUGACUCAGAGGACGCAGAUGCCACCGACGAGCUCUCUGAGGAUGUGGUGGAGCAGUGCAUCUACUCCAUCGGAGACCACAGCACCUACCUGAGGUUCAACCGAGAGCCCUGCGCGAAGCUCAUCCAAUACCUCAAGGAGUUUUUCGACCCGGAUGAUCCAGGGCCAGACCCCAAGUAUUCCUUGGCCAUCGAAGAGGGUGUCAAUGGGGCGCGCUUGUCCCAUCCACAUAGCCGCCAGUACACCUUCGUGCUGCAGUCGAUGGCGCUCUGGAGGGAGGUUCUGGACAACAUGUUCCAACUUUGGCACAUUGCCGAAGAGGACCUCCUUGACGAUGAGCACCAGUACCAGCUGGCAGACACGGGGCAAGGCUACCAGCGAGUACAGAAGUCAGUUCGGAGCGUCUUUGCCAUGCAGAAGAUCCUCGCCGAUGUCCAGCAAAAGGUUGGAGGUUGGGUGGGCUCUAGCAUCGUGCAUCUUGGCGACCACAAUGUGCCCAAUUCCCUGAUGUUCAUUGACAAGUACAUCCAGGUACCGCGAUUUCUGGGACCUCUUGUCCUGACCAUCGAGAAGAUUCCCGAGUUGAGCAAAAGCUCCCUGGGGAUGAAGACGUACGUUGACUCUUUCGGGGGAGUCUUGAAGCUGCAGAAGCUGAUCCUGGCGGACUUCUUCAAGCACGCCUUCGAUGGCAGCGGUGCCGACAACUUCUUCGAUGCAG